UAAUAAACUCCACCUGGUGGAGCUCAUCUCGUGACAAUUAUUAUUACUUUCGACUGCCCUUUAGACCAAAACUGGAGGCAAGAAAAAGAAGAUGAUUCAUUAGUGACCUUUUGACCCUGUCCAAACUAAAGGCCAGAGAUAAGUUAAAGUAUCUAUAUAUAAUUAUAUCUCUGAACAGGCAGCCGGCCAGUAAAUAAGGUAGUAGUAUUAUGAUUAAAAGAACCCUGUUUGUGUUUGAUUUUGAUCACACUCUGAUUGAUAACAAUGUGGACACUUGGAUCAUGUCAGUGCAUCCCACCCUAACAGUUCAAAAAGACAUGCACAGCCUUCGUAAACGGUAUCCCUGCUGGACCGACCUCAUGGACCAUACCGCUGGGCUCAUUCAUGACAAAGGAGUCUCAAAAGCUGAACUGAUCUCUCACGUCAGACAGGCAAAGCUGUACGAACAAGCGCACAAGGCAAUUACAGCCGUGGGAAAAGCCAGACACGCAGAUGCUAUUAUCGUAUCCGAUGCCAACACUCUUUUUAUUGAGCACAUUCUGACGGAGUGUGGAGUGAGGCAAGUAUUCAAAGAUAUUUUCUCAAACCCGGCUCAUUUCGACUCAACUGAUCGUCUUCACAUUCAGCACUACCACAGCCAUUCUUGUCCACACUGCAGUGCCAACUUGUGCAAGGGGCAAGUUCUUACAGACUACCUGAACAGCAGACCAGCCUACAGCAAGGUCGUAUAUGUCGGAGAUGGAAAAGGAGACUAUUGUCCUGCCCUGAGGCUAUCUGAUAACGAUGUGCUGGUUUGCAGGAAAGGUUACACCUUAGCUGGAAUGAUACAGGAUAAUGAACAGUCUUGUAAAGCAAAAACAAUGGUUAUUGAUUUUGUAGAAAGUUUAGGUGACACCAUUAUCUCGAUGUGUUUGUGAGAUAUUUACAAUGGUUAUUGAUUUUGUAGAAAGUUUAAGUGACACCAUUAUCUCAAUGUGUUUGUGAGAUAUUUAUUGUGUUGACUUGACUCUAAA